GUUAUAUCAUAUUAAUCAUAUCAUAUAUUAUUUUUGUUUGAAAUACAGCUGUGGUUUUGAAUUUUGAUAAAUCAAAAACGAUAUGAUAGGUUUCAUUUAUUUGAUUUAACUGACUUUUCUCUAAUAGCUCAAGAUGAUUGAAGAAGUACAAAGACAUUCGGUUCAUACCCUUGUGUUUAGAUCUUUAAAAAGAUCUCAUGAUAUGUUUUUAUCAAAUCAAGGGGUUCUACCACCAGUAGACGAUACAGCAGAAAAAAUAAGAAGACUCGUAAAAGCUAGGGAUUCAUAUGGAAUGGUAUUCGACGAUGUCAAAAAAAUGCAAGCCAUGAAACAUCUCCGAGAAUCUGAAGCAGGUCCAAAUCCACCUCCUCCUGGUACCGCACAAUCUGAUGCACCACCUUCAAGUGAAAAUGCAGUAGUACCUUAUACAGAUACCAGCUUGGUAGCAAGGAAUCAACAGAAUACCAAUGCAAGUCAACUAGCUAAUAUUAUGAAAAAAAUACCUACUAUGCCUAAACCCAAAUGGCAUGCUCCUUGGAAGUUAUACAGGGUGAUCUCUGGACAUUUGGGAUGGGUAAGAUGUGUUGCUGUUGAACCUGGCAAUGAGUGGUUUGCUACAGGUGCUGCAGAUAGAAUAAUCAAAAUUUGGGACUUAGCUACAGGUCAACUAAAAGUUUCACUUACAGGACAUGUAAGUACAGUAAGAGGUCUAGCUAUAAGUCCUAGACAUCCAUAUUUAUUCAGUUGUGGAGAAGAUAGACAGGUCAAAUGUUGGGAUCUUGAAUAUAACAAGGUCGUUAGGCACUAUCAUGGACAUUUAUCUGCUGUAUAUUCCUUGUCCCUCCAUCCAACAAUUGAUGUUUUGUUAAGUGCUGGUAGAGAUUCAACAGCUCGCGUUUGGGACAUGAGAACAAAGGCUAACAUUCACACUUUGACAGGUCACACACAUACUGUAUCAACUGUUAUAUCACAGGCUUCAGAACCACAGGUCAUAACUGGGUCUCACGAUUCCACAAUAAGAUUAUGGGAUUUGGCAGCAGGAAAGACAAUUUGUACUUUAACAAACCAUAAAAAGAGUGUCAGAGACAUUGUAUAUCAUCCAACAUUAAAUAUGUUUGCCUCUGGCUCUCCAGACAAUAUUAAACAAUGGAAAUGCCCUGAAGGUAAAUUCAUUCAAAACCUCUCCGGUCACAAUGCCAUUAUCAACUGUUUAGCUGUCAAUCCAGAGGGCGUACUUGUUUCGGGUGGGGACAAUGGUACCCUACAUUUCUGGGACUGGAGGACCGGCUACAAUUUCCAAAGAUUGCAAGCUCCUGUUCAACCCGGAUCUAUGGAUAAUGAAGCCGUUAUUUUCUCAAUGAUAUUUGACAAUUCUGGAUCAAGGUUGAUUACUACCGAAGCUGAUAAAACUAUUAAAAUUUACAAGGAGGACGAUACGGCUACUGAAGAAACGCACCCUAUUAAUUGGAAGCCCGACAUUCUUAAGAGAAGGAAGUUUUAAGGAAAACUAGGAGGAAGUACAUUUUGUCGGCGAAAUAAAAAAGUGUUGUCAUUUUUUAAAAGAACCAUUUGUGAAUAUUUUUUAAACAUCUUUUUGCAAGUAAGAUAUCUUAAAAAUACGUUUCAUUCGCGAUUUAAAGUUCAA